CGUCCUGACCUGACUCCUAAAGUCCUAACUUCCUGAGCCAGUGAACAUUGAACUUGAGCACUGUAAGCACAUGUUAAAUAUUUAACGGAAAACUUCUAAAUAGUAAAUAAUAUCAAAUUGCCAAAACCGGGUACAAUCAAGUCAUGAUAACAGUAAAAUCAUUUGCUACCUACUUGUAAACCAUAUUUGCGACAUUCUGUAUCGUAAUAAUUCUAUAGGCGACUUAUUUUCACCGAUGACAGUAAUUUGAAUACUUCAAAUCAUCUCGUCUUCUCACAUGUGAAUAUCCUUUCGUCAGUAUAAUAUUAAUAAUAUGGAAGACGAUUAUUAUUUAUUUAUAUUCAUUAAUUUCGUCUCCGCUACCGAUACAGCAAUAGACUUUCAAAUAUUUCAAAAUCAAACUACCUAACUUAAUCUUACUACAAAGUAUUCCAACUACAAGUUAAAAGUUAUAAAUAGUUUACCAUUCGUUCAGAACUUCCAAAAAUUAUGAUUUUCAUCAUUGAAAUGUUAAAUUAAAAAUAUUUAUGAACAUGGAUAACGAGUCGUUGAGUAUUGAUAAUUCAACUUUAUUAAGAGAUUUCAAUGAAACUCAACCUAAUCAAGAGUGGUCUCCUUUCAUAUGUUAUGGACCUUCACAUUUGCCCACGUUUAAAGUUUCGCUAUAUUUAAACGGAAAUCGGUUUGAUGGUCAUGGCUCUUCAAAAAAAAGAGCUAAAAUAAAUGCAAUAAUGCAAUACAAAUCAUUCACCAUGAAUUGUAAUGCUGAUUCUGAGACCAAUAAUACUAUAGAAAGUGAUAAAUCGACACUCAAAAGAAAAUGUACUUUCUUGAUGGAAAACUCACUACCAAAAACAAUUGCAUUAGAAUCUCAAGUUGCUAUACAUCAAACGACAGAAACACCGGUUUCUAAAAGAAAUUAUACAGACAAUUUGAUUGAAUACCCACCAUCAAAAAAUCUUGCAAUUGAACCUCAAGUUGCUAUAAAUCAAACAUCAGCAAUAUCCAUGCUACAUGAAAUAUUUUCAGGACAAACCUUGACAUAUGAACACGAACAGUCCCAUGGUCUAUUGGAAACAAUUAGUGUCAUUGUUUCUGGUAAUAAAUAUAUAGGUUAUGGGAAAAAUAAAAAAGAAGCAAAAGAAAUAGCAUGUCGUAAUGCUUUAAAAUCCUUGAGCGAAGUACUAUCAAUAGAUAAUCUUAAGUACAAAAACCAAUUAGAAAUGUUUCUUACCGAUUAUGGUGAUUCCAAAAUUAUUGAUUAUUUUGCUGGAAUCACAGAUAAAAUAUAUCAAAAAUUAAAAUUUACUGAAAAUAAAUUUAAAGAAUACUCAGUUAUAGCUAGUAUUAUCAAAAUGACCAAAGAAGAUUUGAACUCAGCGCAAGUUAUUUGUUUGGCUACUGGUACAAAAUGUUUAUCUGGUAACUAUUUGAGCCUAAGUGGUGAAUCUUUACAUGAUUGCCAUGCAGAAAUAUUGACCCGUAGAUGUCUAAUGAAAUACUUUUAUAAAGAACUAAUGGAAUCGGUGAAAGGAUAUCCUUCUAUAUUUAUCUCAGAUAGUAACAAAUCUAAGUUCAAAUUAGCAAAAGAUAUUACAUUUCAUUUAUAUAUAAACACUGCUCCUUGUGGUGAAGGUAGAGUUUAUAGCUUUUCUGACACAGAACACCAGUUAAAUCGAUUAAGCCGUGGUUUGCUUCGAUCAAAAAUAGAAAAUGGUGCAGGCACUGUAUCUGUAUUUGGUCGAGAAUUUCAAACAUAUGAUGGAGUUGCUCAGGGUGAACGUCUUGUUACUAUGUCAUGUUCAGACAAACUAACAUGUUGGAAUGUACUUGGACUUCAAGGUAAUUUAUUAUCAAAUUUUGUGGAACCUAUUUAUUUAGAAUCAAUAUCGAUUGGAAGUAUGUUCAAUUUACAUCAUAUGAAGCGAACAAUUUAUGGUCGUAUUGAAAACAGUAUUAAUCGAUUACCACAAAAUUAUAAAGUACAUAAACCUAAACUCCGUGGUUAUAGUAUACUUCCCCGUCGAUCUACUACACAAUCAUCUUACUGCACGAAUUGGAUUGUAAGUGAAGGAAUCGAAAUUAUUAAAGGAAGUAUAGGUAGAACAAUUGAAAACAAAUUGUCCCGAGUAUGUAAAACUUCAUUGGCUAAUGAAUAUAUUAAAUUGUGUAGUGCUACUAAUAAUUUAUUAACUCUUAUUGAAAAUGAAAAUAAUGUAUUUUAUGAUUCAUUAAAAAAUAAAAACGAGAAUUAUGUAGCUGCUAAAAAUGAAUUAUUAUCAACAUUUAAGUCAUUAAAUUUUGGGACUUGGGUACAUAAGCCUGAAGAACUUAAAAGCUUUGAAUUACAUGUUGGUAAGAAAACUGAUAAUAUUACAUAUAAUAGUAACAAUCAGGACUGUGAAUCUUAAAGGUAUUAAAAUAUG